AUGGGCCGUGAAGAGCAGGCGGAAGAGAAAGAGACCUUGCUAUCUAUCUUCCCCGACGAGUUGACAGACGUCUCUGAGAACUCAUAUCGCAUCUCGAUACGUUUGGAUGUCACCUCUCAAGAUGAUGAGGACAUCGAGCCUCCCACGCUCAUCCUGCAGGUCACUUAUCCAGAGGACUACCCAGACGUAGCACCUCGACUGGAGCUAUCCGCCCCUCCGAAUGCGCCCAAAUACCCACAUCUCGAUAUCCAGGAAGACAGAGACCGGCUACUGGAGUCACUACAGUCUACAGUCGAAGAGAACCUGGGAAUUGCCAUGGUUUUCUCGCUAGUCGACUCUUUAAAAGAAGGAGCAGAGCUUCUCAUAUCAGAGCGCCAGGCGGCCAUCCAGGCUUUGAAGGACAUAGAAGCAGCCAAGGCCGAAGAGGAGGAGAACCGGAAGUUCCAGGGUACUCGAGUCACCCGAGAAACCUUCCUCGAGUGGCGGGAGAAAUUCAUGGCCGAGAUGAAGGAGGCGGAGGAGAGACGGCAGGAAGAAAAGGAAGCAGAAGAGAAGAAGAAGAAGGCCUCGAGCAAGGAGCCAAAGAAGCUGACGGGGAAACAGCUGUGGGAGAGAGGACUGGCCGGAAAGGGAGACUAUGACGACGAUAUAGACGACUCGAUACCCGAGAAGCUCGAGAAGGUUGAAUUAACUGCAUAG